AUGAGCUUCAAGACUCCCACUGGGAAGACGACCUCACGUCUUUCUUCGGACUCGACGACGACGCUCAUUAACUCUCCCGCCCUCCCCCUCGUCGAUGUCGUCGAUUCCGACGGAGAUGCAAAGGCCCCCAAGCCGAGCUUCAUCCACGGAGCUCGUCCUCGAGGUCAUUCCACUUCGACGAUUCGCCCAGAACCCUCAGAGUCCGCCCUUCCUAUGUCUCGGGUGACCUCCAACCCUCUCCCCCAAUCAGGUCUCUCGUCCCUCGCUGCAUCGUUCACUGCUGAGGCACGGCCGGCGACCCGCAGCCGUGCGUCGUCCCGAGUGGCUGAGGCGGCGAUCAAUGUCCUCGGCAUAGCUGGUGAUGUUACGCACGAGACGUUACUGGUAUCUUCGGAGUUGCUUAAGUUCGCACCCAUACCUGGAUUAGCUCUCGCAGCAAAGCUAUUGCUCGAAAUAUGGGACUCCCUGCAGCAAGUAGAUGUGAAUCGUGUUACCUGUAUGCGGCUGACGGAACGCUGUGCAACAAUUCUAUAUUCGGUUAGAGAGGAUGUUGCUGAGGCGGGAGAUGAGGUCGGGGAUGAGCUAUUACAUCCCAUCGAACGGCUUGUCGAGACAUUCACCCAAGUUCACCUAUUUUUGCAGACGCAGAAUCAUAGGCCAUUCCUCAAGCGGUACCUGAGGCGCGAUGAAAUACAGAGGUCGAUUCAAAUGUGUGACAACAGUUUGACCGACGCCCUCAGCAUGUUCAGUUUCGGCAUCCAGAUUCGGAUCUUGAAACAAGUACUGAAAGCGGAAGAGCAGAGGCAAACAGAUACUGCCGCGUUGUUGGAGAGGCUGGUACAGAACACACCCCCACAUCAGGCUUCGCCCUUGAACGCCUUGUUGUUGACCGGAACCGAGCCGGACGCCACGCCUGUAACCUCGGUCGAUCAGCUGAUGGGAGCGACACCAGAGCAGAUCCGCUCGACGCUGCGCACCAUCAACGCACGGCAGACGGAACUCGACCUUGUCCAAGAUACGGCCGAGCUCCGGCAGCUUAUGCGAGCGGCGCUGUCAACCAACAACGACGGAGAGAUGAUUCGGGUGUUGCAGGUCGGGCGUGACGAGAUGCCAGAGGCAAUCAAGGCGCUCCAACGAGCACUGGAGAACGAACUUGAACGUGACUCGAUAGUGGCGGUGGAGCAAGAGGAGACGGUGGUCGCUUCGGUCAGCGCUGCAAGUACGUCGGUCGAGACGGGGAAAGAUGGCUCGGGCCUCUCGCGGUCGAAGACAGUCGCCAGUGUCGAGAGCCACAAGACGACACACAGCGUCGCAUCGAGGAGGCCUCGGGAUACGCUUGACCGCGAGUUUAUCGAGACAGGGAUCGACGCGCUGCGAAGGCUCAGUAGCGUGGAAGUUCCCCUUCCGAGUUGGACUAUCACGCGCUAUGAGGUGGACCGCGAGGAGAAGAUCGGCAUCGGGUUUUUCUCCGACGUUUACAAGGGCACAUGGAGGGAGCAUACCGUGGCCAUCAAAGUUCUCGCAGAGACUACGCCGCGACAGCUGUUCAUCCAUGAGGCGACCAUCUGGAAAGAGCUUCAGCAUCCUAAUGUCCUCGAAUUACUCGGCGCGUCAUCAGCAUCAAGUGAUCCUCCCUGGUUCUUCGUGAGCCCAUACUACAAGAACGGCAGUAUGGUGACUUAUCUCAAGGGACUACCAAGUCUGGACUCGGUGGAUCCGCUCAAGAUGGUGCACGAGGUCGCGAAGGGCAUGGCAUAUCUGCAUGGAAAGGGCGUGCUUCACUCGGAUCUCAAGGGUACGAACAUCCUGGUUGACGAUCGAGGACACUGCGUGAUCUCGGACUUUGGCCAGAGCGAGAUGAAGUCGGAAGUUUACCGAAUGAGCGGAACACCUCUUCCCCAUGGAACUCUCCGGUGGCAGGCGCCCGAGCUGAUGGCAGGCGAGAGCAAGAUGACGCAGCAAAUGGACGUGUAUGCGUUUGCGAUGUGCUGCAUCGAGGUCAUCACCAAGGGUGCGCUGCCUUGGCAGCUUGCAGAUGACGAUGCAGUGCGCCAUUUUGUCCUCAAGGAGAACAUGAGGCCCCAGAUUCCACUCAUUCCGCGCAAGUGGAUUCCACAGCUCGCCGAGAUCAUCAACGCAUGUUGGGACCGCCACCCGGCGGCCCGACCAUCGUUCGCCAAGGUCGUCAAAGACCUCGAGCAGCUCCGCCUGCGCUUCGAUUCGAACAUGAGAGAUUCACCUCUCCAGAAGCUCCCACAAGAACUGGAUGAUCAUAUUUCUAGCAGGAAAUCGCCAGAUAUGCACCCAGUCAACCUGCCCUUCUUGCCACCGGAUACGGAUGUCACCAUCGUUGACGAGCCGUCGCUCUCCUCUGACAACUCGUAUGAGACCGCUCAAGGGGAUAUUUCCUCCCCGCCUUCUUACGAACAUGUUCAUGGCCAUGAACCCGAGGCGUCGGACCCGUUCUCGCAAUUUACUUACGGUACGACCAGAAGCAGUAGUCGCUCCUCGUCAAUGUGCGAGGACACUCCGGACUCACGUUCUGACGCCGGCGUCAUGCUCGAUCCCCCUGGAUAUCAAUCGCCGCCUCCUGCAGAUGCGCGAGAUGCUCAGAUCCGUAACGAGAGGCGGUAUAGGAUGUUAUUGCAGCAUGAAUUCCAUCCUUCGCUGACAUUGCCGUUAUGGACUCCAGAACAUGUUCCCCUAGGCGCAGUCGGUUAUCUCAGCAAGCCAGACGGGCGGUUCGUGAUUCUUUUCAACGCAUUCAAGCCCUUCGAAACAUCCAACGGCGUGGCCGCGAACAUGGCCUCGCUCGAAGGAUUUGGGCGCAUCUCGACCGGAAGCCAGCGUCAGGAUAAGCGCAGCGUUACGCAGCGAGGCAUGGACAUGCUCCAGUCUUGGAUCAAUUCAAAGAGCAGCCCUUCCUCGAAUGUUAGUCGUCGCUAUUCGUCCCCCCUGCGCGCUGGCCACAAGGCCGCACAUCUCUUCACCGAGUCGACCGUGUAUCGCUAUGUGGAAGACCUCGCCUCACCCAAGCGUUGGUUUAAAGCGAAUGUGGAUAUGAUACUGGAGCUAUAUGGAAAACAGCACCAACUUGCUCGGGACGACUUGUAUUUGGUCAUUGGGACACUCGAGGCGCAGGAUUAUGCUCUCCACGUGAGCCAUAACCAUCCUGACGAGCAGUUGAAUUUCAACGUCCACGCGGCUGCACGAGCUGGCCAGCCUUGGGGCCACUUCACCACGACCACUGACCUGGCCUCAUCCCUAAUCGGCGGGCCCGUUUACUCUGAUGAGCCUGCCACUGACGCAUCCUACGCUGAGAAAGUCUCUACCGUCGGGCGCGGUGGGAAGUGGGAUUCGGUGCUGAUCGCGAGGCUCCGGUUCAAAACUGACAGUUCUGAGCCUACCUCCCUCUGA